AUGACAGGGUCGGAUGAAGAAUUUGAAAUUGGCGACAUACUCGAAAUAAAGAAGAAAAAAAAUGGGUUCAUAUACUUAGUAAAAUGGAAGGGCUACUCAGAUGAUGAAAAUACAUGGGAACCAGAAAGUAAUUUAAUACAUUUAACCACGUUCAAAAAAAAAAUGGAACAUUUAAAGUCGACUUAUUUAAGUAAAACCGACACAACUACGAACGAUGGAAAGAUUUUAAAAAACCAUCUAUCAUCAACAUCAUCUUUGCAAGAAGAAGGCAAUGGUAUCAUCAAAACCAAAGGUAGAAAUCCCUUAAUUUCCAAAAAAAAGAUCAAUAAAAAGGGCAUAGUUAACAAAUUGGAAGGGAAAAAAAUGUUAACACAGCAUUCUGAUAAUUCACUUAAGAGGAGUGAUGAAGAAGAUAGCGAAUCAGUAAAACAAGAAGCCAUAACAAACGCGCACGAUAGCACGUUACUAAAUGUAGAAGAUGUAUAUAGCGUUCGAAUUAAAAACAGAAAGAUGGAAUUCUUGGCUAGCUUGAAGAAUGCUUCACCACAGUGGGUUGAAGAGUCCAAUAUAAGAAGGACAGGACAUCUAAAUAUAAAAGUAAAUGAUUUUAAAAAAUAUAUUCGAAGAAAAAAAACUUCCAAAGGAAAUAGAAUUGUUAUUAAAAAUCUACACAAUGUUGGAGACGAGUUAUACAUCUCUGUUAUACACAAUAUUAAUAAUAAAGAAAUUCACAGUUUAUACCCCUCGAAAGUUAUUGAAUACAUAUAUCCUCAAGAGCUUUUAAAUUUUCUUUUGUCAAGACUUCGUUAUCGAACAGCUUAA